AUGGGCAAUGAAGUGAAGUGGCCGCCUGAGAAGGAAAUUGAAGGGUGGAAAGACCCUAAGAAGUGGUACGAUUUUCACCAAGAUAUUGGGCACACCACUCCUGACUGCCAAGGCCUCAGGUAUGAGAUGGAUUACCUACUGAAGAAAGGAUCUGAGAUAAGUGGGCUUUCUCAUACCUCUGCUAAGAAGCAUGAGAAAGAAGCGGUGAAUCCAGCCUCUAGAAUGGCACGAUCUAUAGGGACUUUCACUAACCAAGUGAUGGUCUUUGCUAAUGACGAGGCUACCCAACUCCUACAUCCGCACUAUGAUGCUUUGGUGCUUAUGCUUCAGGUUGUUAACAUUAAUCUGAAACGAAUUUUGAUUGAUAAAGGAAGUUCAGCCAAUGUAUUGUUUGUGGCCGCAAAUAAAAGGAUGGGUCUAGAUGAGACCUUGAUACUGCGGAAGUUGACAACACUCAUUGGGUUCAAUUGUGAGGUGAGCCAUUCAUUGGGUGAGGUUGUGUUACCCAUCUAUGCCCUAGGGUUAAACAAACAGACUAAGUUUUCAAUUGUGGAUUCACCUUCUGCCUAUAAUGCUAUUCUGGGAUGCCCUUGGUUGCAUGCCGUAAGGGCCGUACCCUCCACUUAUCACCAAGUCCUACGUUACCCCACCAAUGGUAGCGUUGGGAUCAACACUCUUCUAGGAGUUGCUACAAAACCACUAUAA